AUGAUUACAGACCAUGAAUACGAUUUUGUUAUUCUGGGGACAGGACUGGUAGAGUGUGCAGUCGGAUGCAUUUUAGCUGGAAAAAACAAAAAGGUUAUUCUAAUAGACAGAAACCCGAUGUAUGGAUCUGACUUUGCAACGCUAAGGUAUACAGAGUUAGAGACAUAUUUUCGAAACUUAAAUACCAUUCCAGAGCUGAAGACCUACGAUUCUGAGUUUUCGAUAGAUCUGACACCGAAGUUGUUUCUUGCAGAUAGCAAAAUGCUGAAGAUGCUAGUCAGAUAUGGAAUUGAUGAGUAUUUGGAGUUUUGCAGAAUUCCUGGAUCCUUUCUUUGGAAGAAGAAAUUGUAUUCUGUUCCAACGAAUGAAGCUCAGUCGAUGACAACUGGAUUGAUAGGGAUAUGGCAGAAGCCAAAGGUCAUGAGAUUCUUCUGGAAUGUUCGGGACUAUGCAAGGGCUGCAAUGAAGGGAAAGCCAUACAAGUUUAAAAACACUAUGAGAGAAGAAUUCAAAGAAUAUGGACUUACAGAAGAGUCGAUGGAGCUCAUAGGCCACGGGAUAGCUUUGAAUCUUGACGAUUCUUAUUUGGACAGGGAUCCAAGAGAGACGUUUGACAAGAUUGUAACAUAUGUAAGAUCGAUUAUAUGCUACGAGAAUUCAAUGGAGUCGCCCUAUUUAUACCCAAGAUAUGGGCUUUCUGAGAUUGCACAGGGAUUUGCCCGAAGCUGCUGCACAAAAGGAGGAGAAAUAAUGAUAAAUGCGGAGAUACUGGAAAUUAAUGAAGAAAAUAUGGAGAUCCAUGUUCAAGAGCCUGUUAACAAAAAAGUUCUGAAAAUAAAAGCAGGAAAGAUAAUUUCCGAUCAAUCUUACUUCCAGAAGAGUGUGGUUUUGUAUGAGAUUAUAAGAGGAAUAUGCGUGAUACGAGGAGAUGCCGCUUGCGUAACAAGAGGAGCUUCUUCAGCACAAAUAAUUUUCUUGAAAGGAGAGUUAGGAAGAAAGAAUGACAUUUUUGUUGUUAUAUUGGGACCUGAAGAGAAGUCCACACCCGAAGGAUACAAGGUGGCGAUUAUAAGCACUGUGAAAGAAACUGAUGAUCCUGAGGGAGAAAUAAGAGUUGUUCUGGAGAAGCUGGGGGAUAUUGUCAGAUACUUUGUUGAUGUAAAGCCUGUAUACCGAGCAGAAGAUAUGGAGAAUAUAAUCUUUACAAAAGGGGUAGAUGAAUCCCCGCACUUUGAAGAUGUUUAUGAAGAGAUAGAAAGAAUAUGCAAAAAGCUAAAUGUUUGUGACUAA